GCGGUCGGCGGCGCUGAGGCGGGAUCCGGGCGAGCCGAGUGAAGACCUGGUCCUGUAGACGGGAAGGAGCCUGGACACAGUGACACAUUCACAAAGGCCCUGCGGGACCGCCAUGGCUUAUGAUGACUCCGUGAAGAAAGAAGCCUUACCUCUGCAAGUCUGUGUCCACCUGCCAAAUCACAACUAAGAAACCAUGUCUGAGGAUGCACAUUGGGCCUUUGCAUAGCGUGGAAGCAUUGUUUCUUCAGAUUGCUUUGAUGGUGAUCACAACUCUGAGGACACAGGACUAGCUGCUGGACGAAGCCAACGAGAAAAGAAACGUUCUUACAAAGAUUUUUUAAGGGAAGAGGAAGAAAUCGCUGCUCAGGUCAGAAAUUCUUCCAAGAAGAAGUUAAAGGAUAGUGAACUUUAUUUCUUGGGGACGGACACGCAUAAGAAGAAGAGGAAGCACUCCUCUGAUGAUUACUACUAUGGAGGACAGUGGUUCUUGUUCUGAGUGCCGAUAAACCAGUGUGAAGGAGGAGAGAGGUGGAGGGCUGGUAUUUUGGAGGAUUCAGCAUAGAAGAACAGUCUUCAUUUGUGAUAUACCAGACAUUUCGUCUUUGGAAUCGUCACAGAAGAAAAAGAAAAAGUCCAGCCCGCAAUCUGCCGAUACAGCCAUGGACCUGUUGAAAGCCAUCACUUCCCCACUGGCAGCAGGCUCCAAACCCUCCAAAAAGACAGGGGAAAAGUCCUCUAGUUCUUCAAGUCAUUCAGAGAGUAAAAAAGAACACCACAGGAAGAAAGUAAGUGGAAGCAGUGGGGACCUGUCCCUGGAGGACGGUGGUUCCCACAAAUCAAAAAAAAUGAAACCGCUGUAUGUUAACACAGAGACACUGACCCUUCGUGAGCCUGAUGGCUUAAAGAUGAAACUAAUUCUCUCACCAAAGGAGAAGGGAAGCAGCUCAGUUGAUGAGGAGCCUUUUCAGUACCCCUCUCAACAAGCUACUGUGAAAAAAUCCUCUAAGAAAUCAGCUCGGGAUGAGCAAGGUGCUUUACUCCUAGGACACGAGUUACAGAGCUUUCUGAAAACAGCCCGGAAGAAGCACAAGUCCUCCUCAGACCCACAUUCCUCUCCUGGCCCCGAAGGCUGUGGGUCAGAUGCCUCCCAGUUCCCAGAGCCCCACAGUGCUAACCUUGAUCUUUCAGGACUUGAACCUAUUCUGGUAGAAUCGGACUCCUCCUCUGGUGGGGAGCUAGAGGCCGGGGAGUUAGUCAUUGAUGACUCUUACCGGGAAAUCAAGAAGAAAAAGAAGUCCAAGAAGAGCAAAAAGAAGAAGGACAAGGAGAAGCAUAAAGAGAAGCGGCACUCCAAGUCCAAGAGAAGUUCAGGCCUUGCAGCUGCCCCAGCAGGAGAGGUCACACCUGGCCCUCCUCCUCCCAGCGUCCCACACACUGGAGCUGCUGCCCCUCCCCCUCCCCUGCCCAGCCUCCACACGGAUGGGCACGGUGAGAAAAAAAAGAAAAAAGAGGAGAAAGACAGAGAGAGAGAGAGAGGAGAAAAGCCAAAAAAGAAGAACAUGUCAGCCUACCAGGUCUUCUGUAAAGAGUAUCGGGUAACCAUCGUGGCUGACCAUCCAGGUAUAGAUUUUGGGGAACUUAGUAAAAAACUGGCUGAGGUGUGGAAGCAGUUGCCAGAAAAGGACAAACUGAUUUGGAAGCAAAAAGCUCAGUAUCUUCAACACAAACAGAACAAAGCAGAAGCUACAACUGUGAAAAGAAAAGCAUCCUGCUCAGAAGUUCCUGUGAAAGUGAAAGCUUCCUCUGCAGGAGUACUGUCACCCCAAAAGAAAUCCCCACCCACCACCAUGCUGUUGCCAGCCUCUCCAGCCAAAGCCCCUGAGACAGAACCCAUUGAUGUUGCUGCUCAUCUACAGCUACUGGGAGAGUCCUUAAGCCUCAUUGGACACCGCCUACAGGAAACUGAGGGCAUGGUGGCUGUGUCUGGCAGUUUGUCAGUGCUUCUGGAUUCCAUUAUCUGUGCGCUUGGACCCUUGGCGUGUCUGACCACACAACUACCUGAACUGAACGGCUGUCCCAAACAGGUCUUGUCAAACACACUAGACAACAUUGCUUACAUCAUGCCUGGACUGUGACCACAAAGAGUCCCGGGACAGAGACCUUAUCGUCCUCCAUUGCUGGUUUGUGUAUAUAUGACUGUUCCAGAUCCUUCACUGGCCUCUGGGUUCGGAAAUGUAAUAGGAAAGAUUAUGGGAAGAUGCCAGUUGAGUGAACGUACAAAGCCUUUCAACUUGAAGUGACCUAGGUAGGAAGUGAUGAAAUCAUUCCCAUCUUACAGUUACUGCAGUGGCUUAGGUGAACUUCGUAGGGGGUUCAUUCCAAUUCCUGCUAUACCGGUGUCCAUGUCUCAAAAUUUCUUGUAAUCAUUGGUACCAUUAGCAGCCUCAGUAGGGGCCAAGGAGUUAUGUGAGCCCCAGCAGCAUAAAACACCUUGGAGAGUGUAAAGCUGUUACUGCACAAAUUGAACUGCAUAUAUUGUGAGCUGACCCAGAAUAUUUCAUCUGUAGAGCUAACUGCUGGUAUCUUCCAUCGGCAGCAUUAGCUUAGGCACGGAGUCCUCACAGGUUUUUGCUGCUUAGUUGCUUGAUGGUUGGGAAAGAUGAACUUUGCCCAGCAUGAUUCUUGGGUUCAUCCUGUUGGCUCGCCUGGUGGGCAGAUAGAUACCCAGUGUUCUGCAUUCCACACAUAAGUGAAUUGCAAAAAAAGUACUCGAUUCUCAUGUAGGUUUAUUUAUGUGUGCGUGUGAAUGUGUGUUUUAAUUAUGUGUAUUUAACUCUUUAAAAUCUCUUUGAUUUUAAUUUAUCCUGUAAAUUUCUGUAUAUAUAAUUUAAUAACAAAAGCCUCCACCAGCAACAGCAUGUGGAAGAUACAGAUUUGUCAUUUCUUGCCUCCUCCUUUCCUCUGGUCUCCUCUGAAAACUCCAAAUCAUCUACAUUUUAAGGUAUCGUGCCUCAAAAAGGAAUCAUUAUGCCGGGAUUCUAAUUCUUUCUAAUUCAAUAAUGUCAAGAAAGCAAAAUUAAAAGGAAUGUUACCAUUCCCAACUCCCCACUUUUCCAAAGAACCAGACUUGUGUUUCCCAGUUCCAAAGAAGACAGUUGAGCACUUCAGGGUUGUUUUUCAAUUUGGUGUGAGAUUCCCUGCCAAAACCGAGCUCUGGUAACUGCUUUCUUCCCCUGGCCUAGACAGAGCACUACCAUGUCAAAGUAGAUCUUUGAGUACUGAGCAGCCAGCCUGCACCUGACUUAACCCCUUCCCUUCUCCCCACCAGUGUGCUCAUGGGGCUUUGUUUCCUGAAGGUACUCUGGCUGCUGACUGGCCCUUAGCUCAGAGCAGUCAUGAAGCUUAACUGGGGAAACAGAAGGAAACGGGUAUGUUUGGGAACCAAAAUCAAGAAGGAGCAGAAAACUGGAUUUGAUUUCGCUUGUUAGACCCUGUGCCACACCUCAUCUGUACCAAUGGAAGUUUCCUGUUUGACCCAGGGUCUAUCAGGGAGGGGCCUGGAAGACAUGGAUUAGCAUGGAAGAAGUCAGUCCUACCCUUGUCAUUUGUGCACAUUAAUGAAAUCCUGAUGAGGACCUGCUUUCUGUUUGUUUGUUUUCCUUUCAAACCCAACCCUACUGUAUUUGUAUUUAAAUUUGUACACAUUUGUAUAAUAAUCUGUACCUUGUGGUAUUUGGUACUAUUAGAGGAAAAACUUUGGAUUCAGACCUUCUUGGAGUUUUUAUAUCAUUGUUUUAUUUUGUUUUUUAAAUAAAUUCUAGCGGUUUGAUCCAAAUCCCAUUACAGUUGUAUAAAGAAAUAAAAUUUUGUACUUAUAUUAUUAAAAAUCACAUUUUUAAUAUUUGUA